AUGAUCAUUCGACAGUAUAAAAUUUACUACCACGUACGUCAUCAGUUGAUUCAAGCAAUCCUGAACGCUGCGCAACGAUUGAUGGUGACACAGAGUAACCUGGAAAAUCGUCGCUUAACAAUUGAUGUCUGUGAAAUGCUAAUCAAAUGGGAGCAAUGGCGACUGAAGCAGAUCGGGGAUUGGGAUGAUGGAAGUAGUACGAUUAGUCCAGCUUCGUCAAGAGCAGAAAGAUCAGAGGAAGGUUCUUUCUCCAGACAACGGCAGCAGCAACAGCAGCAGUACGAGUCGCAGCCACAGCAGCAGCAACAGCAACACGAACUACAACCACAGCAGCAGCAGCAGCAACAACAACAACAACAGCAGCAGCAGCAACAACAACAGCAGCAACAACAACAACAACAACAGCAACAACAACAACAACAGCAGGCUUCAUCUUCUGCAGUGUCGCAGCCGCUAUUGCAUCGACCAAUCGACAAAAUUCACGUGGAUUUUGCUGCCAAUUUGCUACUGAAAAUUGCUGUUUCAUUGCCAGAUACGAGUCAGUCUGGAAGUCAGCACUCGAUUCUGUUGGAGCAAUACAGCAAACGAUGUUUGGGUCUUCUACGCGCAGCUCUGAAGAGUAAUGUCUGGGGACUUACUGCCUCAUUCAAACUUACUUGGUUGGAGAAACAGCUAAUGACAGCAUCAGAAGUAUUAACUCAGCAAUUCCGUGAACAGUCAUCAAUUUCACAUCAAUUGUCGCAGUUACAAACUUCACUGGAAGUGAUUUCACAUCUUGUUACAAUUCUGCCACAAGAACAAGUUGUUCCGAAUGUGAAAAUGCUACAGCGUGGAAUUGUUGCCUGCCUGAAUUGCCAGCAAAAUCAGAUAAUGCGAAGUUUAUAUCAGCUUAUCGCGAAACUGUUCGAAAGAACGAAAAAUUCUCCGGAAGGCUUGGAUGAACUGGAGACAAUCAAUCAAUUUGUAACAAAAUUUAUCAACGAUACGUUCAUAAAUUAUGAAAAAAGCACAACUCAUCCAAUGAAUGGCGUAUUUGGAGCAAUUCAUUUACUUCGAGCAAUUCAUUUACUUCGAGGUAUCUGUAACAUACAACCGGCUUAUGUAGAUACGAUGUGUUUGAAUUCGUUCAUCAAAGCUCUCCAGAAACUCGUACGUGAACAUAUCUCCAUAACAACCGAAAGCAAAGUUGAAAGUGAAGACGAGGAAGGUUUUGACUUUUUUGCUUCAUUCGAUUUUUUCGAUGGCAUCGACGAUGGCAUCGAAGUAGGUGAUCCGUAUUUCGACACGUCAGGGCAUGCAGUGACCGAACUCAUAAUCUAUUCGCUGGAACUACUUCGACCACGUAUUCAUGCAAUUGCACCGGAAGUUCGACUUAAUUUCGGGCAAAAUGUUCUCACUCCACUGAUUGAUAAAACUCAAUCGGACCGAAUACUCGAAGUUGUCGUUCGAAUUGUCGAUAUUAUGAUGCGAACCAGUGAAGAGAAUCAUUUGAAUCAAGGAAUGCCGUUGUUGAUACGACUAGUACAAUCAAUAGAUACAAGAAAAGCAAUUGAAAAAAGCACGGAUUUGUUACAGUCAUUGCUGCACUCAGUAAUUUACGUUUUUGAGUCGCCAACUCUUCGAGCCACUGAAGAAGCCGGAAAGCUUACCGGCGCCUUUCACUGGGGACUUUGCCUACAGGUAUUUUUGAUGUUUGUUGAAUUCAAAUAG